AACACAAACCAAGUCCAAGGGCUCGGCCUGCCUUUUGAUUUAGAAGUGAAAGUGCAGCUUAAUCUGAGAAAGGAACGCAGUGGCGGUGGCGGGGUGCUUCUAAAGGAAGAAUACAUUAAUUCGCGUGCUGGAGGUCAGCCCAGCUGUUUGCUUGCUAAGGUAGAAAGGGCAAGAGAGAGCAGUGUAUGAGAGCAAAGCAGAGCGAAAGUAGUUCAGGGCGGAGGAGCGAGCUCCAAGUGCGACCCACUUCCCAGCCAAGGGUGCAAAGGAGGCCGAGGGCAGAAUCGGACCCAGUAGCACGUGGCGCGGGGCCGGUAUCCAGGCCUCACCUGGGUUAGGCUAGAAAUGGCUUCUGCGGAGGAGUCCGGGGCAGAGGUCCUCCAAGAUGGCACCUGCGAUGCUUGCGAGCCCGACGAAGCCCAGACCGCCGCGCAGGUCUGCGAGGACUGCGACUUCUCCUUUUGCCAACUGCACUCCGAGGAGCACAGGAGAAAGUACAGAGCUCACCGGAUGAGGGACUUCGGUGCUCUGGAGGGGCAGGGGCAGGCAGGGAGCCAGAAGGACUUGAGAGCAGACCCCAAGGAAGAGGAGGAGGAAGAAGAAGAGGGCUCUCGUAAGCUGGAGAGAAAGAAGUGCGAGGAGCACGGAGAAGAUCUUAGCUUGUACUGCAAAGAGCACGAGAAGAUCAUCUGUGUAUUGUGUGCGGUGUCGGGCCCUCACCAACAGCAUGAGCUGAUUACGCUGAAUGAUGCCUACGAAGCCUGCAGGAACAGAGAACGUGUGGAUCUGAGGGUAGCCAUGCUAGAAAUGGUGGAAAGGUUGAAGUUCAAGUGUGCAGACCCCACAGUGACUCAAGGUGACAUGAAGCAGUGCAUUCAGCAAGAGUUUGACAAAGUGCGACGUCUGGUUUGUGAAGAAGAACGGAGAGCCCUCCACCUGGUGGAUCUCCAAGAAGCAUUGGCCACUGCUCACACAACAGAAGUUCUGGCUGAAAUUGAUGUUCGCAUGGAAAAAUUGAUGAGUGACAUGGCAGAGCUCACAAGGCAGCUGAACACCUUUAAUGAGCUAGCUCUGCUCAAGCCUGAGAGCACAGAUGAAGAAACCAGGGCAGACCAUAUCCCGCUCCCUUCUCCAAGUCCUUCUCAGAGGGACAAGCAAUAUAAGGAUGAUGAUCCAUCACCUGCCAAUGGACCCUGCUGAGCAAGACAAGUUUAGCUACUGAGAACACUGCUGAGAAGGAUAUCCCAGCAUUCAGACUCGUUAUGAUGAAGACGUCUUAAGGCCUCAGAAGAUUAUCUUAAGUCGCAAAUCUGGAAAAGAAGCAGCUGACUUGUUUUGCCUUUGAAGUACCCUUCUCCUGCCUCCUAGAUGAGGUCUGUUCUUUCCCACUUGCAAACCCCACUUCUCAUGCCUGAUGACAUCGUCCCUCAUCAAGUGGUCUGAUCUUUAUGGGUUGACAAACAUCGUGCAAAACAAACAAACCCACAACUGGAAGAUUGUCUUUUGGUACAAAAGUAGAAAUACAGCUGUGUACAGCUGGAAGUCCAUGGUGAUGUUAGGGUUUCUGAGGACACAGUUUCAAUAAUUCCAAGUCAGGUAAAAUGAAAUGAUAAUAAAUGGGGUUUUAAGUUAGCUUUUCAAGAUAUAUUUGAAAAUUAAAAUAUUGUAAAAGGUGCUGAAGGAGUUUGAGUAUGACAUAAACUAUCUCAGCUGAAGUUUUGUUGAAUUUUGUGGUGGUUAAGUGAAGAAACUAGAGCUUUACAGCCCUUCGGUGGAAUAUUAUUAUCCCUUAACUUUGUGGAGUUAAUGCAAAUAUACAAGAAGCAUAUCAUUUACCAGCUCAAAGACACCAGGUUGACAUGUUAUAAGUCCACUAUAGAACUAAACCACUUUCAUAAAGGCAGGUAUGCUGGGGAAAAAACAACAAAAAAGAAGGCUCUCUUAUAAACCCUAGCAAGUACGGUUGAACACACAGUAAUUAUCCAAAGUAAUUAUCCAAAUGUCAUUUGAUACGGAAAUCACCUGGUAAGGUGCCAGUACAUUUCAAAAUGACCAUCUCUUGCCCAAAAUAAUUAUUCCUCCCUUAUCAUUACGACUCGCCCAUCUAUUUUGGAGCGACGUGCUCUGAAGGUCUAAAUCAAUUUUAACCUUUUAAAGACCAACGGAUGUGGAAUCUCUGUAGCAUAUUUUGGGAAGACUAAUUUCAAAGGAAAAACUCUUGUGUAACCCACACGUGGACUCUUUGUGCACAUUGCCUGAGCUAACACUUGCUAUGUAGUUCACCCCCUAGAUUAGGGACAUAUCUCAAGCCAAAUUCAACCUGGGCUACCAUUCUUGUCUUUUGGGAUUCCCCAGAUAGCCAUGAAAGACUUCUUUUCUUCUGACCACUGCACUUUUGGAGGUUUCCUUGGUUUUGCACAGUUUUCCUCCAUUCGUAACCAAAAAAACCAAAAUGCAGUGCCUCUCAGAAGUAUUAUUUACUGGCAGUAAGAAUUUUAAGUUAACCUAUGCUGGCAUUAGAAGUGGUUCUUUAUUUGUGCAGCCCCAGAGAAAUUCUUCAAAAUCAAAUUUGGCCUUUCAAGAUUGAAUUUGGCCAAAGGAGAUUCAACCCCACUGCCCUAGUCUGAUUAAGCCAGCUCCACAGGGACUAACGCAGCAUCUUCGGGUGGGGAGAAUAAGGAGACUCUUGCUUCUGGAGGUUCUCGGAUUCCAGUUCAUGCUUGAGCCAUUUCUGUUCACCUGAUUGCUAACAUUCAGACCACUGUACCAAAAUCCCUAUAUUGUUGCACACAGAAGGUAAGCAACUGUGAAAAUAAAAUAAGCUAUGUUCUUCAAUGAAUUUUUUUAUCCGUGUGUCAUCAAUAAAGAACAAUUUGCUGUAUGUUGUUCUAGACUGGGGAGAAUACAGACAUUGCAAAAACCCAUGAAGGUGUCUAGCAGCUUGGCAACAACACUGACCUUAAGAUAAAUUGGUAAAAAGAGGGCUGGAAGGCUCCUGGGGUGAAAAUUGGGCAGGAGAAGGGCAGGAGAAGAAGAGACAAUACUCCUAAUGAGAUCUCUUCAUGACCAGAUAGGGGCACCUGGACCUUAGUGGCUCAGGGAAGUGAAGAGCCUAAGUGAAAACAAUGCACUUCAGAGGAUCCAUUUCCCAUGACAAUCACAAAAUCCCUUUGAUCUCAGCUGGCAGUGCACACAGCACCAGCACAACCCAAUAUUACAACCCACUGAUCUUCAUUGCUCACUUAUACGUACCUUUAUGGAUUCUUUGGAAGGUUUUUAUAAAAAGGUCAGACAUGUGGUCCAUGGAAUGACAUAGUGAUGCAUGAUGGAGAGAGGCUAAUGAAACAUAGGGCAUUUCCAGGCAGAAAUGUCUUCUUUUGUUUUGUUUUGUUUUGUUUUGUUUUGUUUUUUCACACAUUGAUUUAUAGUCGUAUGCCAUGAUCCAGACUUCCCUCUCAAGGCAGUGCUUCUGUUGCAGAGAUUCACUUUUUCCACCACAGAGAACUGACUUGUGAGAGUGUUGCCAGUGUCUGUGGAACAGUGAAAACAGCAGGCCUUUGAGCCUUCCUUUGUGCAUUCGUCCCAUGAAGCGGUUCCUUGAAUAGAAAGAGACACCACCCCCAGGCUCUCAUGGCACCACCCCCUUAGUCUGGCUGCUUCCUUGCCCCAGAUGACAGUGCACUGAGCAACUGAAAUCACAAGAAACUGAAAGUAUGUGUACCACUUGUACAGAAGCUGAAACUCCGAUCCUGCAGGGUUCUGACACCUGUGCAUUACAGUGCAGGCUCUGUUCCCUCUCUCAGAUGUCCAUAUUUAAAGCCCUGACACUGGGGAUGAGGCAAAGAAAUUGUAUGACAUCCAGGCUGCUUCCACCUUCUAUACAUGAUUCACGUGUGAAGAGCUUUAUACUUCCCUUGACCCAGCAGGUGCAGGACAUGAAUUUAAUAAUCCCUGUUGAAUUGAUGCCAGCACAGUUCAACUAAAUGGCUCUUUGGUGGUGUAUUAAAAUGCAUUACUUUCGAAAAUUACAAUAUAUUACUUGAUUGGGAGUUUUUUCUCCAAAUGUAUAAAAAGAUGCAAUAAAGCCGUGUUUCAUAUGAUAGAGCACACAUGACCAAAUACAAGUGAUUUUGAAAAUGGAACAUAUAUAUAUUUAAAGAUUUUGAUUUCAGCAUUCAUUACAAUAUUGACAAUGAAUAUAAUUAACUGAAAAAUAUAAGUAUUCCAAAUAAAACUCAAAUAUAGGUCCUAUAUUUAGGCGUUCAAAUUAUUCAGCAACCCUCCAAAUUGAACACCUAUAGUUGGUGCUACAUCUUCUCUUUUUUCAGUCUUCUAGGCUGCACUUGCCAGAAAAUAGACUACCGAUUCACCAGGAACUAAAUCCAUUGAAUUCAGUGGGCGUUACUUCUGAGUAGACAUGUAGCAGAUUAUGCUGUCAACAUUUUGGUUGCUGUCUCAGUAACUCAACUUCAUAUCAAUAGUCCUGUGGGCAACUCCUUCAUUCACUGAACAUAAAAUGCCAUGCAUCAGAUGUGAGAGCUUGUUCAGAGGAGUUCUUUUAGUAAUGCACUAAAUGUUGCCUUGUCCAUCAGCCUGCUGUAGACCAGCAGAGAUCAACGAAGAAGAAAAGCAGGAUGCAUACGUCCUGUUGCUAGGAUGGUCAGCUAGGCAAUCACACAUGCCACCCUGCUCUCCCAUCUCUGGGUCGCUUUGUUUUUUGUCAUCAUUGGCAUUUUUCUGCCGGUGCUUGGUGAGAAGGUGCCCAUCCAGGCCUUUGACUUAUACACAGAGAAAAAUGAACUCUCCCUGAGAGGAGUGGCAGAAACCCCAGUAUUUUUCUAGAACUUUCUGAAGGUUGUGCUGGAAAGGUACAGAAGCCAGCAGUGAAGAACAAAUGUUAAAGGAAAGCAAUAAGUUGUUUUCCGUAGGGUAUAUUGUUCUAGCUAUACAUCUCAGCCAGUUCAGCUAGUGGCAAGAAAUUAUGGGACUUAUUAACCGAAACAUCUGGAAGACCACAUUUGGCCUACCUCUGCAUUACAGGUUGAACAUUGACCUUUUAAUUUCAAAAAGCGACCAACACCAAUAAAGCUUCUAGAAAAAUGAGAUUACCUUCAAAUAAAAGUAAAUCCAGAUACACCCAGAAAAGAUCAUCAAAUGCUAGAUAAAAUGUUAUUAAGCCCUGCACCAUUACACAUAACAGGCCAAUUGUCACUAUACUUAGAAUCUGUCUAAUUUUGUAGCUUAAAUAGAGCAGGGUUUUUAUACCAGUUCACAAGCUGUGAUGUCAGGGCAUUCCCAGAACUUUUACAGCUUUUGUUUCUAACUCCCCUACAUACGAGGUACUGGUAUUUGCUCUUUCCUUUCCUCCUUUUCCAGCUGAAAAGCCUGCGAAGUCAUUCCCAAUUUCCCAUUCAUCGGUCACCAAGCCUAUCCACACAAGAUUGUUUUCUCUCCCCAUUAUGUCAUAGGACACACAUCUCAAACCCAAACACUUCCUUAUAUGCAACCACUUUCCUCACUCUGCCAUCCCAAAUCCCACCCAUUUUCUGCAAUUUAUGAAAGUCCCAAGGAAAGUACCCCUUGUAGUAGUGAACACUUUCUAAAUUUGUCCUUAUAUACACACUCCUAAAGUCUGUUUGCUCCAUUCUUCAAUACCCUUAGUGAAUCUAUAGGGAUGCACAAACUCUCAUAUUUCUAAUGCUGAAUUUCAGAGGCAACUUUUCCCCCUCGCUCAACCUAGCACCAGUUGCAUUGUACCGACAUUUCAACAAGCAUAAUCCUAUCAGUGCUAGUGCUACAGCAAAACUGGGUUUCACCCACCAAGUAUGUACCGAGUUUGCAUGGAGUAAGUGGUUGCUCUGUACAUUGACUUUGCUCAUCAGAAACUCUGAUCAAUUUUCCAGUUCAAGCUCAUGUUAUAAAAUCAGCUGAGAAAAUGUAAUGCACCUUUCACAUUGAAAGUAUAAAUUAUGAUGAUAUGCAUUGCAGUCACAAUUAUUUAGCUUAUAGAACUAUUUUGUAUGUUGAAGAUAAUUGUAUUUUAAAUUGAGUUGCUUUCUUCACAAGUCAUAAUUGCUAAUUAAAAAGCUUCAGUCGGA